GAAUAGUUUCCAAAUUCCAGGCGUAGUCAAUGAAACAGAACACUGUGACUAGUAUAUGUCACCUCUCAUCACCUUCACUUACCAGGAAAACUCCUACCCAUAAAUUCUCCCUAUCAGUGGUAAUCUCGCCUAAAGCUGUAUUCUGUGACCCUCACCUUAUGAUCGUACCCAAUCCUAGACUCAUUUUGUGACCUUUACGUUAGCGUCGCGUAUCUUCCACCUGAUAAGCACCGGCUUCAUCACAAACACUCGGCCAUUCGGCUGUCGUCAGUCGGUGUUUUUACCCACACUGCCCCUACUUACUACUGUAUUGAGACAGUACUGGGUUUUCCCAGUUUUGCUGCGAAGCCAAAAUGAAAAUUGAACAUAAGAUAGCAUGUUUCUUCAUCGUGUUUGGGUCGGUCUACUUUUUGGAAUCCAUUGGAGGAUUCUACAUGACCAGUGCUGUUGUGUUCAUAGAAAAACAGUUUCAAAUACCGUCGCGACUUAGUGGUACAAUGGUAUCGGCUGGAGAUUUCGCUUAUAUUCCUGUAGUUGUUUUCACUAGUUAUUUUGGAGGAAAGGGCAAUCGAGCUCGAUGGAUUGGCGGCGGAUGCAUGUUGAUAGCCAUCGCUAAUUUAUUAAUCAGUUCUUCGAAUUUUCUCUUCCCAGUGGAGGAGUUACACGUGAAUAGCAGUUAUAUUUCGAGUUCACUCGCUUAUGAAGUCAACAGAUUUGUGUUGAACACUUCCUCGGAUCCAAAAUGGUUUUCACGAACCUUGAAGGAGGUUGACCCUAAUGGUACUGCUCUCAGUACACAUGUUGGCCCUUAUCACAGCGAGAGCGAAGACUUCAUCAAAUACCAAUCAUUUUGCUUUUAUAACCCCGAUUCAGAGAUAUGCAGCAGGAUGGAGGAUCGAGUCUCGAAGGAGCACGCGGUCAACGAGAGGGACGUCUCUGCCGUUCGGUUGCUUACGUCAUUACCAUACUCGUUCUGUCAUAAUCUUAUCAACAAGCUGAGGCAGGAACACAAAGCAGACGAAUGCAAAAAAGAGACGUCCAGUUUGGGCCCGUUUGCAAUGAUUUUCGGAGGAUUGAUGCUUCUUGGCGUGGGAAGGACAAUGCCAUUUUCACUAGGCUUACCUCUUAUGGACGAUAAUGUCAAAAAGAACAAUCUUCCUGUAUAUUUUGCUUGCAUGUUCUUUGUGAAGAUUCUCGGUCCUGUGAUUGGUCUACUAGUGGGGAGCAAGCUCAACGAGAUCUAUUAUACAUUUGAUCCCCCACAAGGCCUCACUCCCCUAGAUCCAAUGUGGAUCGGUUGUUGGUGGCUAGGAUUUCUUAUUUUUGGAGCUCUUCUGUUUUUCCCAUCACUCGCGCUCUUUCUUUUCCCUUCGGAUAAGCUAGAUGAGGGCGAGAUCACAGAAGCUAUCACGCGCGAAAAAUCUAAACUCGGAGAUGAUUCAGCACCCAUCAAACCAAAAAAGAGGCUAAAUCUCCGUGACAAGCAUGUAAAAGUGCAUGAAGAUCACGUUACAUCUAUGGAAAAAGUCACAGAAUUCUUCGGUGUUGUUCGUGGCCUUUUUCGGAAUCCCAUCUAUGUUGGUGCCAUGUUAGGAAGGAUCGUCGAUGUAUUGGCUUUCAAAGGAUUUUUCGUGUUCCUCGGGAAAUACUUAGAAAUUCAAUUCGGAGUCCCACAAUUUAGGAUACAAAAAUAUUUAGCCACAACUGGUGUCGUAGGCUUUGCAAUAGGUGUCAUCAUAGGAAGUUUCUGCAUGAGGAAGUUCCGAUUACAAGGUAGAAAAGCAGCGGGAUGGGUCGCUUUCUGUUCACUUGUGUCUGCCGCAGUCUCAUUUUUGAAUGCCUCUGUUGGAUGCAAAUCUGUCAUUGGCGAGAUUGGAGACCAAGGAGUAGCAAAUAACUUUUCGUUCCCAUCAUGUCGACCGGACUGCUUAUGCGAAGGAAUGCCUUUUUAUCCAGUGUGCAAUAACAAGGGUGACAUUUUUUACUCUCCCUGUCAAGCCGGCUGCCCUUUGAGCGGAGCAAAUUUCACUAUUUUCAGCAAGAUGGAGAAAGGCACACCUUUGGUGUUUACAGAAUGUGAAUGCGCCGGUAGCGAUAACUUUGCUGUCAGCAGGGACUACUGUCCUGUUGAGCAUUGUAACAGCCAAUUUAACACAUUCUUCUUCAAUCAAGCGCUUGGUGCUGUGUUUGGAGGAUUAUCAGUAGUACCAGGAAUGUUGAUUGUGCUAAGAUCUGUACCUCCGGAGCAUCGUAGCAUCUCAUUGGGUUUCAAUGGAUUCCUCGUCAGCUUGUUAGCCACCUUACCAUCGCCUGUGUUUUGGGGCAAAAUAUUUGAUAUGAGCUGUUUGAUGUGGCAGAAUUUAUGCAGUAAGACUGGAGCGUGUCCUAUCUAUAACACUGAUGAAUUACGGAUACGAAUUCAUCUCAUCUAUGGUGGUUUACGAGUGCUGUCAUUACUCUCUGACAUUUGGGUGGUGUAUUGGGCCAAAGGACUCAAACUAGUGGACGAGGAAGAGGAAAAGAAGAAAGAAGACGGAAGCGUCCGAGAACUCGAGCUGCUGAACAGAGAGGAGCAUGUGAACCCCAAAUUUGAUGUUCCCAAUGAUGAAAAGAUUCUGAAGGACUGAUUUAUGAUGUGCUGAAUUCCCCAAAGCGGGUACCUUGCUUAAUAGAGAUGUAAUUAAUUAACAGAUUCAUGAAGAUUCACUAGACUUUCUGAUGAUUGCUCGAUCCAAAUAUUUCCUUUACGUUGAUAGUGAAUGAAUAUGUCACAAAUUUGCUACAUAUGUAUGUUACCCAUGUGAUUGAGAGUGUCUUUAAAUUUUUAUACGUUUAAGUCAGGUUGUUUGUCUAAGUUUACGUAUCUAGUCUCAUCCCAAUGAAAAGUUUUGCGUAGUUUCUACGCAGCGAAUUAUACAACUCCGCCAUUGUUUCCAAGUCAUCAAGUCUGUGAGA